AAAUGGUACAUUCCUAACUGGACAGGAAUAAAUCUGCCAACCAAUACCUCCCUUAGUGGGGCCACAGAUUUCCACUAUGUGACUGAAUUUUUGGAGUUGUCAGAAUGCCAAAUAAAAGGGACAAUACUGGUAUACUCACGAAGUGUACGAAACUGUGAGAAAAGAAAGCUCAAAAGCGUAAUUGCUGCGAUUAAAUUGCAAUAAAAUAUCGGGGGAGUGUUCAACAUCAGUGAAAAUACAUAAAAGAUAUUAGGACGAUUGAAAUUUCUUCAAAAUGAGUGACGAUAAGACCCCUACCAACCAAGAAUUCAAGCUUGAACCUGAUUCUGAAUUACGUUUUGAAGUUGAGAGCAAGAAUGAAAAAGUAACAUUAGAGCUCAAAAGUGGAGUUGCAGAAGUGUUUGGUACUGAGUUGGUAAAAGGAAAAUUAUACACCUUCACUACAGGAGCAAAAAUUGCUGUGUUUACUUGGAGAGGUUGUGUGGUAGAGUUAAAAGGCAAAGUGGAUGUGAGUUAUGUAGCCAAGGAGACUCCACAGGUAAUGUACCUGAAUGCACAUGCAUGUUUGGAAAAGCUGAGGGAGAAAGCUGGUGAAGAGAACAGUAGGGGGCCUAUUACAAUGGUAGUUGGACCAACAGAUGUAGGAAAAUCUACUCUUUGUCGCCUUCUCUUGAAUUAUGCAGUUCGUAUGGGGAGACGCCCAGUUUUUGUUGAUUUAGAUGUAGGUCAGGGUCAGAUAUCCAUACCAGGAACAAUAGGAGCACUUCUUGUCGAAAGACCAGCAUCUGUGGAAGAAGGAUUUUCUCAGCAAGCACCAUUGGUAUACCAUUUUGGACACAAAGCUCCUAAUGGAAAUCUUACAUUGUACAAUAUUUUGGUUACACGUUUGGCAGAGGAAGUUCAAGAAAGAAUGCAAGCCAAUCGAAGAGCAAAUGCAUCUGGAGUUAUGAUAAACACCUGCGGUUGGGUAAAAGGAGAUGGGUACAAACAUCUUACUCACGUUGCACAGGCAUUUGAAGUGGAUGUAAUUAUUGUAUUGGACCAAGAACGUUUGUACAAUGAACUUGUCCGUGAUAUGCCGGCAUUUGUUAAAGUGGUUUUUUUACCCAAGAAUGGCGGUGUUGUUGAAAGGAGUUCUGGUGCCAGAGCUGAAGCUCGUGAUGCGAGAGUGAGGGAAUACUUUUAUGGCAUGCGUUCUCCAUUAUAUCCGCAUUCUUUUGAUGUGAGAUUCAAUGAAACCAAAAUUUAUAAAAUUGGGGCUCCAUCAUUACCUGAUUCCUGUAUGCCUCUGGGCAUGAAAGCAGAAGAUAAUCAUACAAAACUUGUAGCAGUCAGUGCUGGAACAAACUUGCUGCAUCAUGUUCUUGCUGUUAGUUUUGCUGCUUCCACCGAAGAUGAUGUUAUUCGGAGUAACGUUGCAGGAUUUAUCUGUGUUACCAAUGUCGACAUGGAGAGACAGACAAUGACAGUUCUGUGCCCACAACCUCGGCCUCUACCCAAGACAUUACUCCUCCUCUCUGAUAUUCAAUUUAUGGACAGUCACUGACAAUAGUGUUACAAUGUGUGUGCAUGUUUGUGUGUGUGUGAAUCAUGUGUUUGUAAAAAAUCUGGAAAAUCAGUGUACAAAAUGCAGGAAAUUGUAGUUUUAUAUUUCUAAGUUUUUUGUUUCACAAUUUCUGGAGGUUCUUUCUGAAGACCUCCUUCCCUUCUGUUAUAUUAUUUCUUUACCUUGAAUACCUUUUAAAAUAUAAAUAAAGAUUAAAUUGGUUCACAAAAACAUUUUCUAAGACACAUUAGCAGAUCACUGAGAGAAAGAGAAAAUAAUUAGAAGGCUAAAAACUAUAGCUGUAAUUACCAGGGAGUAUCAAGAGCUUAAUAAACAUGGAACUUCCUCAUUAUAGUUCUUUUAGUGAAAACAUUAGUUAACAAUUGGAGGUUGUGUUACAACUUUAUGGAAGGAAAGAAAGAAGUGGGAGAAGUGUGACACAAAAAGUAUCUUUAAAUAAAAGACUUCUGCCCGACAUCACAUAGGGAGGCAGAAACUGAAGAAGGCAGACUGUGAAUUUUCGAAGAUUUCGUAAACUUUGAUUCAAUUUAACAAAUUAGAUUAGCAACCAGAGCUCAUUUAUGGCCAAAAACAACAAAAAGAAAUCCACAUGCUGAUGGAUUGUAGUCAUACUGUUUCCAGCAAAAAUUGGACUUUAACAGAGGUGGCGGCUUGAUCGAGGUUGUAAACUUACUGGACGUGCAUAUGAGAUCUAAUUGUGUUUAUUGCUAUGAACUAAAAUGUUUUUUGGUGAAAUCAUUUUAGUUACUUUAAACUACAAAAUACAACUUUUAGAACAAACCACACUUUAAAUGUAAAAUAUAGACUAAUCUGUUCAUUCGCAGAUUUUCUUAAUUUUUCACAAAACAAAUCUUGUAGGUUUCGAAACUUCAUAAAAGAAAGUCCUUUUCUAUACCUUUAUUAACUUAUGUCCUUCUGCAUGUAAAUGCCAGCAAGUUUUCUCUCAGAAACAUCUUCUCAGCUAGUGUCCAACACAAUUGACUUGUCAUUCAUUUUCUUACUUCUGAGACUCGAAUACUGGCCUCCUCAAAUCAAACGAGAUAUGAAAAUAGAGUUCACAUUCUGGGAGCUGGGCUGUCCCAGGAAGGAGUUCCUAUGACAAUGACCUGCAGAUUGGAGUUAUGCAUGCAGCUUGUACGGUGAUGCGUUAACCGUUCCCCUGGAGGGAAAGAUAAUAUCAGCAAACUUCACUGCAGCAAAAUGAGUGAAUUAAGCAUGUUUCUAAGUAAUCUGAUAAGGGGCCAUUUGCAAGAAACUACUGAAUCAUCUAUAUCUCUACAACUCUUCCUCUUCUUAUUCUUUUACAGUUCAAAAGGGUUACAAGUGACCACUCAAUUAAAGUCAAUCUACAAAAUAUGCCUGAUUGCGGGCUCAGGUGAAUGCUUAAAAGAUACAUUUUUACAUGUGUCUCAUGGGAAAAUAAAUUGAUUUCACAAAGAAAUGGCCAUUAAUGGAUGUGAUUGCUAAAUCAAUGGGAUUGUUGGAGCAGAUUUCUCUGUAUUAUUUUCUAUAGAUGGUGAUUUUGGUGAAAUAAUUAUACAAGUGCCAAAAUCAAUCUUGGAAAGGUCUAGGAAAAGUUGAAGAAGAAAAACAACUUUAAAUAAAGCAAGUAAAAGGCAACAUAAAUUAUUUUACUUUUGUUAUAUUAAGGAAAUGCAAAACAAAAUUGGCAUUUCACUUAAAAUUUGGUGACAUGAUGCAAAAACAAUUAUGCUAAUGCAAUUCACCAAGGAGAUCAGUUAUCACCGAAUAUUUUCAUAAGUGUACUAGAAUCAGUCUUUAGGAACGUCAAAAACAAAUAUGGCCUAAAUAUAAAUGUAAGAAAAUAAAAUAAUUUAAGAUUUGCAGAUGUAAUAAUCUUUGCAAAAUCUUCAAAAGAACUGGGAAAUGCUCUAAAUGAGUUAUCGGAUUUGUGCAACAACGUAGGUUUACAAAUGAACACUACCAAAAUUAAAAUUAUGACAAACUAGUCAGCUAUAUAUCCCAAUCACAAUAAAUAACAGUACAAUAAACUACAUUGAAGAAUACAUGUAUUUGGAACAAAUAAUAUUCCAAAAUAAACAAGACAAAGAAAUUAAAAUUUGGACAUCUAAAGCCUGGGAGAAAUUCUAUAGUUUAUCAUUUGAAUUGAAUAACAAAAAAGAAGACAUAGCAAUAAAAAGACAAACAUUUGACAGCUGAGUGUUACCUGUCCUAAUUUACAGAGCACAAACGUGGUCUCUUUAGGGUAAACAAGCGAAAUAUAACAGAUAUGCCAAAGAAAAAUGGAGAGGAAAAUGUUGAACAUCAAUCUAAGUGACAGAGUGAAGAAUGUUGACAUUAGAAGAAAAAACAAAUUAAAAGACAGUCCAAGAGGCAAAAAGAUUCAAAUGAAAAUAGGGAGAACAUAUCAGGUGACUUGUCCCAGAAAGAUGGACACAUGCAGUUACUCAGUGGGAUUCACAAAUAGGAUGGAGAUGUGUAGGAAGACCAAGAAAAUGGUGGCAAGACGAAUUUGUGAAUGAAAUAGGUAACUUAUGGGACCACAUACCUAGAGACGGUAAAGUGUAAAGAAGUGACAAUGGAAACUUUAGAAAGAACACAUUUUUAAAUGUAUAGAUGUAAAUAGAAAUGUAAAUAAUUCAUUUUAAGAUAAGCGAGUGUGAAACAAGUUAAUGUGUCUAGCAAACUACUGUUUAACAGUGAAAAUAGUGCUACAGGAAAAUUCACAGGUUUUGUUAAGAAAUAGUAGUCUAUAUAUCUUUAUAACAGAAUUGAUAAAUAGAAAAAACAAUUUAACUUUGCCAGGCUUUAGCUCGCCUGGUAACUUCUUUUCUGAGCUACCCCACCAGAGAGUGGAAGGCAUGCUGGAUAUGGAUGCCAUAGCAUUAAUAAUGAUGAUAAUAUCAUUUUCAUGAUUCAGUGCAUCACCUUCAAUCAGUAUAAAUGUAGUGAAUUAGCAAGACAAUUUUUGUUAAAAAAAUCUUAUUCAUAUAGUGACACAAACAUGAGUUUGGAAUCAAUUCCUUUGCUUUGAAACAUUUAAAACAAAUUACAAUGCAGUGAAAUCUGAUGUUAAGUAACUGCCAUGGGUGAGAGAAAUAUUUUUUUCACUGUGCAAAUGCAGACAGUUCUGAAAAUAAAACACUUUUUAUAUCAUUAAGUUCAUUUUAGUCAUUGAGAGAUACAGAACUGAAAGCAGACUGAAAAUUGCAUUAAAUCAUUUUUAAGGCAAUUACAAAAGUUCAAUGAUCUGAACAAAAAUGCGCAAUUUGAUAUGAAUUAAUCAUCAAGGAACACUGAAAAACAGGAAAUCACACUACAAGUUGCUUACAUGCUUUCAAUUGACACCGUGUUAACGGCAAGUAUCACUGGAUCUGGAAAAAUAUAUUGUAUGAAAUGUCAAAAUAUUUACAUAAAAAUGUGAUAAAAAUGAUAAGAAUAUGUAAUAUCAAAAUACUUUCUAAUUUGCAUUUAUAAACAAAAUAAAUUUUCACAAUUUGAAAUUACAUUAAUAAAAUAUGUAGUAAACCAAUUGUGAAAAUAAAAAUUCCUAGU